GCUCCCACAAGUGCACGCCUUUUGCACACAAAUAAGCAGUAAAGACAGAAGUUUCCAUCCAUUGUGAAUUAUUAAGCCACCAACACCAUGACUGGGAGAGUUGUUAUACUGGGACUUCUGUUCAUCUGUGUCGCAGCAGAUGCUACAGGCAAGUCUGGAUUCAUGAGAAAGCCUUCAUGUCCUAAUGUGGUUGAGGUCGUAGCUUGCCCGAUGAACUUUGCCCCUGUGUGUGGCAGCGAUGGAAACACUUAUGCCAAUGACUGUGCCCUCUGCGUCAAGAGACAAGAAACCAAAACGAACAUUAUGAUCGUCAAGGAGGGAGGCUGCUGACCUAUACAGCUGAUUAAGUCAACACCAGGAGGCAAAACGGAAAGAUAACAUUCAUAUUGCCACAUUUGCAAUAAAGUCUAAGUUUGAACAACC